UGUGACGCAGAUUGUGAGACCAGGGCGGCCGCUUUGCUCGGCGUCGCCAUUUUGUGAGGAGCGAACGGUCAUCUGGACUGGCUGCCACUUCCAGUGUGGUACAGGAUUCCGCUCCACUGACUAAGUGGUGCUGAACCUGCCCGACUGUACCCCAGCCUGAGAUUCCAUACCUCACCCAGCGGACAGCAACGAGGACCCAGGCGGGACCUACCGGGCAGGGGCCCGUCUCAGCACAGGGUAUCGAUGGCGGCUGAUAGCCGUGACGACAAAGAUGGUGAAGUCAAUGUUUUGGAUGAUAUCUUGACAGAAGCGCCUGAUCAAGAUGAUGAGCUUUAUAAUCCUGAGAGUGAACAAGACGUUAGUGAGAAGAAAGCAUCAAAAAGAAAAAGUGAAAAGGAGAGGGCUGACAGUGGUGAUGGGAAAAGGCAGAAAUCUUCAAGCCAUUCAGCACGACAAGUUAGCAAAAGAUCUUCCUGCCCUUCUGCAGGAGACAACAUAAAGGCUUCCCUUUCAAAAGGUAGACAUCUGCCAGCCUUUAAGAAGGAUGAAUAUCUGCGAUAUGAACGAAGCAAAACUGCAAGCAGUGAUAGAAAGAACCUUGCUCAGGGUUCUCGGGAGUCGCUGAAAGACCGAACAGAUAAAGGGGGUAGCAGAAGAAGAGAGUCUGACAGGAAAACCAAAUCAGCAACUCCCGAUGAGUCAGAAAGUUACAGCAUGAAGGCUUUGAGGAAUAUCGAAGAGGGUGUUAAAAUGCAUCGAUCAGGCCAUUCUUCUAAGGAGGAGACUCAUUCUGAUUAUCAGUCAGAAGUUGAGAUUGAUUCUGAUGGCAAUGCUUCUUCUGAAGACCAUGACAAUCAAGAUGAAGCUGUAGAUGAGAUUAGAGCCGAAGAUGAUCCUGAGGAAGAGAAGGAGGGAGAGGAGGAGGAGGAAGUAGAAGAAGAAUAUGAGCAGGAUAUGUGUGAACAAGAUGAUUUCAGAGAAAGAGAUCCCAGAGAAGGCAAGGAGGAAGGCCAUGAGCAGGAUUAUGAUACAAGGAGUGAAGCCAGUGACUCUCAGUCAGAAUCUGCCUCAUUUUCUGAAGGAGAGUCUGCCACCAGAUCUGCUUCUCUUUCUGAUGCGUCAGACAAUGAGACAGAUAAAAAGGAGAAGAAAAAGCGAUCUAGAGACAUUUCUCCAAUUGUAUUUGAUAGGAGUGAAAGUUCAGCAUCCGAUUCAUAUGCAGGAUCUGAGAAGAAACAUGAGAAGCUGUCAUCAUCUGUGCGUGCAGUACGUAAAGAUCAAACUAGUAAACUGAAGUAUGUUCUUCGAGAUGCACGAUUUUUCCUCAUAAAAAGCAAUAACCAUGAGAAUGUAUCUCUGGCAAAGGCUAAGGGUGUGUGGUCAACAUUGCCAGUAAAUGAGAAGAAGCUGAACACUGCAUUCCGAGAUGCUCGGAGUGUUAUACUGAUAUUCUCUGUUCGAGAGAGUGGAAAAUUCCAGGGAUUUGCUAGACUUUCAUCGGAAUCUCACCAUGGAGGCUCUCCAAUACACUGGGUGCUGCCAGCUGGGAUGAAUGCAAAAAUGUUGGGUGGUGUCUUUAAAAUUGACUGGAUUUGCAGACGCGAGUUGCCAUUUACAAAAACAGGGCAUCUUGUCAAUCUUUGGAAUGAGAAUAAACCAGUCAAAAUUGGACGGGAUGGGCAGGAAAUUGAACCUGAGUGUGGCACACAGCUUUGUCUCCUUUUCCCACCGGAUGAAAGCAUUGACUUGUAUCAAUUCAUUCAUAAAAUGCGGCACAAGAAAAGAGUGCAUUCUCAGCCACGAUCAAGGGGGCGACCUCCUCGCCGCGAUCCUGUCCGGGAAGUGGGAAGGCGUCGACCAGAAGAUUUUGACUCAUAUAACACCAGAAAGAGACCAAGGAUUGACUACCCACCAGAAUUCUCACAAAGAACAGGGUACAUGAAGGAUCCACGGUACCAAGAAGUAGAGAGGCGAUUUUCCGGCAUUAGACGUGAUGUGUUUUUAAAUGGAUCCUACAAUGAUUAUAUGAGGGAAUUUCAUCACAGCAUUGGUCCACCUCCACCUUGGCAGGGAAUGCCACCUUAUCCUGGUAUGGAACAGCCUCCUCAUCAUCCUUAUUACCAGCAUCAUCCCCCACCACCUCAGGCACACCCACCUUAUUCUGGACAUCAUCCAGUCCCACAUGAAGCCAGAUACAGAGACAAGAGAGUGCAUGACUAUGAUAUGAGAGUAGAUGAUUUCCUUCGUCGCACACAAGCAGUGGUUACCAAUCGGCGGAGUAGACCACGGGAAAGAGAAAGAGAACGUGAACGAUCUCGAGACAUCAGAAGAGACAGAGACCGUGAUCGAGGUAGAGAGCGUGAAAGGGAAAGGAUGAGGGAGAGAGACAGAGAGAAGGAACGAGGAAGAUAUAGGCGAUAGCUCAAUCGCUGAAGCACUCAUUUUUUGUUUACGGUGGCUGGAAGAUGUUUGGAUCUGUUCAUUUUUUAUUUUUUAAGUUAAAUUACAUAUUCGGAUUUACUCUGAUCUUUGUCUAUUGCUUUCAUGCAUGUGGGACUAUAUCAACUGAAUUUUGAUCUCAGAAGCACAGGUUUUUCUAGAGCUUUAUUUCGGGGGAAGGAUAGUUUUCUGGAUACUGCCAUCUGUGAAUGUCAAUGUCUAAUCAGUAAUAUUUCCCCUCUGUUCAGUUGAAAGCUGUAAGAAGAAAUCUGCAUUUGGCAUAGACUUUGUAUGUAGUUGCACAUGGAUUAAUGAAAAAAUUGCUGCUAUAAGUAUGCAACUUAAAUAUAAUGGGCUAAUUGUGUGACCUAAUGUUGUAGCAAAUAACAUUUUUAAAAACUCCAUUUUGAUUUCAAUUUUUUCAGUGUUAAUGAUGAAAGCAAUAUUCCAAAACAUACUUGCAAUCCAGUUUUAACUUUUUUUUAUAGAAAUCCCUUGCUUAAUAGCAUUUAAUUGAUGCUAAAGUUUAUUAUUUUUCUCCCAAAUUUAAAAAAAAAGCACGCAGUGGCCUGGAUUUACUGUAAGUUUAGAAUAGAAAUUGUUACAUUGCCUUUAACUGCAAACCUUUUGUACAAAAUAAAUGAGAGAAAUAAUGACUUUCAGCGUGUUUCGCUUUAUUACAUUAACUGGUGUUGAAGGUGAUUCCUCCCUUUGUACUUUCUGAUGUAAAGUAAAAAUUCAGAUAAUGUCAUUUGGUAUGAAACUUUCAUGUAGAUAGUCUGGACCAAGCCUCAAUUAAUAAAUUGUUAAAUAUCA